AGGUAAUAUUAGAGAUCAUUCUUUUCAGGCUGUUAACGUCCUUGCUGCAUCCGUCCGGUGCUCGUUGCUGCCUCCGCUGGUUCUAUUUGCGUCCGAGAAGUCCUACAUCAGGAAACUGCGGUUAUCACUCACGAUAGGAGCAUUGGAGCUAUAAUCUGACCACCACCUUUCAGCAACUCAGUGGCAGCAGUGUGAUUACAGAUUAAUGCUUCCUCCAAACCCUAAUGUCCCAAAAUUGCAAUUUUGAAUUUAUCAUUUCUAUAGAUAUUUAGUCACUUCAAUAUUUUUUAUAAAUAUAAUUUUCUAUGUCGGCCUCUAUAUUCAACAACAGCAGCAUUUCGAUCUCCGUCUCAGAUGAGGAGUCGGAUGAACUCAGCCGGAUACGGGAACGAGUCCGCAGAAAGCGCAAGAAACAGCAGGUUCACCGAGUUAAGCACGAGUUCUCUCAGCGUGUUCUAAGGUUCCUCUUGAAAUAUUGGAUGGUUUUGAUUUUCCUUCCCGCUGCUGGGUUACUCGUGUUUGAAGCCUCGAGAAUUGGUAAAAGGCCAAGUUUGGAUGUGGAAUUGGAACAUGGCGAAAAGAAGACAACUGAUUUGAAAAUUAACCAGACUGUUAGUGAAUCAAAGAAGAAAAUACAAGAGAAUUUGGAUCGGCUUGAUCCACCACGUUGCUUGAAGCUACUACCUCCUACAGAACUUCAACAUCUGGAAAUUCCCAUGCAUGAUGAAUCUAGUCCUGUUAAAAAUGUGGUAUACAUAUCAGAGAAAGACACACAACAUGGAGGGAAUACUACCCUCCCUCAGCUGCGCACAGUGGGUACACGAUUUAAUUUAUUUACUGGAGACCAAACACUUGAGAAGAGAGAGAAAAGUUUUAAGGUGAGUGAAACACCGCAAAUACAUUGUGGUUUUUACGGUGAAAAUGGAGGGUUUAAGAUUUCUGAUGAGGACAAAAUUUACAUGCAAACCUGCAAAGUUGUGGUGUCUACUUGUGCAUUUGGUGGUGGAGAUGACCUUUAUCAACCUAUCGGAAUGGUAGACACAUCGCUACAAAAGGUGUGCUAUGUUGCAUUCUGGGAUGAAAUUACUUCAGCAGCGCAAGAAUUAAAGGGGCACAGAAUUGGUGAAGACCAUUUUAUUGGGAAAUGGCGCAUUGUGGUUGUAAGGGAUCUUCCUUUUAUAGACCAAAGGUUAAAUGGUAAAAUCCCAAAGAUGUUGGGGCAUCGUCUCUUUCCUCAUGCCAAGUUCUCUAUUUGGGUAGACUCAAAAUCCCAAUUUAGGAGGGACCCCCUUGGUGUUCUAGAAGCCCUUCUUUGGCGUACCAAUUCUGUAUUAGCGAUUUCACAACAUGGAGCUCGCAGCAAUGUGUAUGAGGAGGCUACAGCUGUUGUGAAGAAACACAAAGCCAGCCCAGAAGAAGUUGAGGUGCAGUUGACUCAAUAUCGGCAGGAUGGCUUGCCUGAAGACAAGAGAUUUAAUGGAAGGAAGGCUUUAAAUGAAGCUUCAGUCAUCGUGAGGAAGCAUACGCCAUUGACAAAUCUAUUUAUGUGCCUUUGGUUCAAUGAAGUGGUUCGCUUCACUUCUCGGGAUCAGUUGAGCUUCCCUUAUGUAUUAUGGCGGUUGAAAUUGUUAAAGGACAUCAAUGUGUUCCCUGUUUGCGUCCGAAAAGAUCUAGUUAAUAGCAUGGGCCACAUAAGCAAGGCUAAGCCAUUGAUAAAUUGAUGGUAUGGUACUGCAGUCCAGUUCCACGGUUGGUGAUUGCAUUUCAUUGUGACUGGCUAUCAGGCGUAUCAUUUGUACACAAUUUGAUUGAAGUUAAAAGUGUUGGAGGAAUUGGUCAGAAUGAUAUUUUUAGCUGGUUCCUGCUUGUUGCUUGAUCAACUCUCCUUGUAUUGUUAUGGUCAUCAUUUAAAUGGCUUGAGUGGAUUUUGUAUUUAUCUUCAUAUUCCAGUUAUAGAAAAGGAAUGAAUCAAUUUACUUA